UCAUGUAGCGUAAUCUAGUUGACGAAAUGAGAUUUUGUGAGGACUCUCAACUGAUUCAGGGCUUCAGGUCUUAAGACAGAAUCACUGAAUCCUUUCACAUUCCUUAAGCAUUUCCCAUUUUGUUGUUUCAGGAUGCUCACCAGAACCCCAAGCGUUGUUGCCCAAGUCUUCCUUCUUCUAAGCAUAGUUCUUGUCAUUGCUAUUGCAGUGAUUCAGUUAAAUCAGCAACAGAUCCUCUCCCCAGGGCUUAAGUAUGGAAUAGUCCUUGAUGCUGGAUCCUCUCGGACUACAGUCUAUGUCUAUGAAUGGCCAGCAGAAAAAGAAAAUGACACGGGAGUAGUAAGCCAAACCUUCAAGUGCAAUGUGAAAGGCCCUGGUAUAUCCAGCUAUGAGAGUAACCCUGGAGCUCUUGCCAAACCCUUUGAUGACUGUCUGAAUAAAGUCAAGGAGAGAAUACCAGUUCAUCUGCAUAAAAACACUUCUGUUUAUCUGGGGGCUACAGCUGGCAUGAGAUUACUGAGGUUGCAAAAUGAAACGGCAGCCAAUGAAGUCCUUGCAAGCAUUCAAAACUACUUCAGAGCACAACCUUUUGAAUUUAGGGGUGCAGAAAUCAUAACUGGGCCAGAGGAAGGGGUGUAUGGAUGGAUAACAGCCAACUAUUUAAUGGGCAAUUUCUUAGAGAGAAACCUUUGGAGGACAUGGGUCCGCCCUUACAGAAAAGAGACUAUGGGGGCACUGGAUCUUGGAGGAGCUUCCACUCAAAUUUCAUUUAUCCCAGAGGAUUCUCAGGAGAACUUCAAUAGCACCUUGCAAGUGAAGUUGUAUGGUUACAACUACAAUGUCUACACUCACAGCUUCCAGUGCUACGGGAGAGAUGAAGCUGAGAAAAGGCUUUUAGCAUUGCUGCUCCAGAAAUCAAACACCAGUUCCAAUGUGGAUAAUCCAUGUUACCCUCAGAAUUAUAAUACUGUAUUAAUGAUCAAGUACUUCUCUGGCAGCCUUUGUACACAGUCUCUGAGACCAGCAAAUUACUACCCAAACCAGCUUAUGAACUUCCAUGGAACAGGAGACCCAGGUCUGUGCCAGGAGAUGGUUUCUCUAUUAUUUAACUUCACUGCUUGCAGAGACAGAGAAGACUGUCCAUUUAAUGGAAUACAUCAGCCAAAAGCUAAAGGGAAUUUUGUGGCUUUCUCAGGAUUCUACUAUACAAUUAAUGCUUUGAAUUUAUCCGGGCACUUUUCCCUAGCUGAAUUCAAUUCAAGUAUGUGGUUUUUCUGUUCACAGAGCUGGGCACAGCUCCAGUUUAUGCUGCCUAAAUUUGAAGAAAUAUAUGCUAGAUCCUACUGUUUUUCAGCCAAUUUCAUUUAUUACUUGCUUGUAUAUGGUUACAACUUCAAUGCAGAAACUUGGCCACAGAUACAUUUUCAAAAGGAGGUUGGUAACAGCAGUAUAGCAUGGUCACUCGGUUACAUGUUAAGCCUCACAAACAUGAUUCCAGCAGAAGGCAAGCUGAUCCAAUUACCUCUGAAACCUUCUUUGUUUGCUGGGCUCCUCGUCUUCCUCACAGCUAUGGCAUUGUUGUGUCUUCUCUUCCUUGUUUACUUGUGCAUUGUAUCACAUAAUCGGAAGAACAUCAGUCAUGUUGAACAUGUAUUUAUUCCAGAAUGAAUGAACUUCAUGGAAGACAAAACAAAAAUUUUAUAGUGCUAUUAAGUAGGACUUUAUUUUUGAAAAAUGGAGGGCGAAAUAAAGACAGGCAAAAAGACCUGGUGACCAGAAGCAUAAAUAGAGAAGAGACACAAAGGAAUCUGUGAUAUGGUGAAUUGGAGUGCUUUUGAAAUAUUUUAGCAAUUGUUUCUAUAAAACCAGAUUGUCCGGUGUGCAGCAGAGAAAACAUGAGCAGAUAGGUCACUUUGUUUGAUAAGGGAUUAAUAGCCUUUUCCUGCCAGGUAUGUAUUUUUUUGUUCAUUAACUCUGUGCUAACUGGUAAACUCAAGUGAUGAUGGAUUUGAUCAUGGUGGUGGUUGUUUAAGAUAAAAUCAAACAAGUCAGUAGGAAUUGUGGGAGGUGGGAACAUGGCAGCUGUUCUUGUGUGCAGUGCUGACACUAAAAGCCCCCAAAUAAUCUAAAUUCUGAAACUGGAACAAGCACAUGGUAAUGACAGGAACUGAAAGGAACAGCUGGGAUAGAAUUGUUUUUAUUGCUGUUCCAAACAGAUUGAUCCCCACCACAUAAAGGUGUAAUAAACUGCCAGUGCAUCUCAGGACUUUCAAGCCUGUCUUAAAACUGAGCUAUAUCUUUCAGUACCAUGGAGAUCUCAGAAUGCCUCUGCUAUGGUACAUAAGAUUUGAUUUGAAGGUGGAAAAAAAUGCUUUCACGCUUUAGUAACUGUACCUAAAUUUAACUGUACCUAAAUUUAAAUGUCUUGUAGUUACCUCCAGAAGCCACUAGGGUUUUCAGUGUCAUUUUCUCAGAAAUAAUUUCACAGAAAUACUUUUUGUAGGUUCUCAUACUGAAACACUGACCUGUAUUCCCCACAUAUUGUUGAUCUCGGACAGUCGCAGUCAGUACUGACUUGUCAUGUACAUAUUAUUUCAACUGCCUGAAUAGAGUCUCAGACCCGGGACCUUCUGAAGCAUUAACAUGUUCAAAGCCAAGAGGAAUAGAAGCCAGUCUGCAGGCCAGAAGAACACCCUUUCUCUAAUGGGUUCGGGAACACAUUGCUAGAACUGCAAUCAUGACUGUAGUGCCUUGAUCAGCCUUUCCACUGUCUUGGCCUCAGUGUUCCUUCAGCAGUGCUGGGAUCUACCUAGCAGAUGCUUCUGUCAAACACAUUAACUCCAGAGCUUUCCUGGAAGUGCUGCUGCCUUCAUGCUCCAAAGAGCUGACUUCCUUGAAAGCCCAGGUAUUCUUCACCAAACCUGUCAUUCCCUUAAAUCAUAAGACUACAAUUUUACCCACUGCUCGAGGAGUUCUUCACAGUCAGUGCCCCUUUUACCUGCCUGUCUUUUAUAUAGCUUUGGUCUUCUUCAGCUGGCUUCUGAAAUAACCCUUGAAAAACCCUCCUGCCCCAUAAUCUGCCAUCUCUUCCCUUUUAAUUCCUCUUAAUAUUGCUCUAACAUGAUCUGUGAAGCUGCAAGGGGAAUACAUCUGAAGGGCCUUAGAGUUAGCAGAAAGAAGGGAUUGUUGUACUCUUCAGAACCUGCAAGAGGAGAAAAGAGCAUCUCUGCUUCACUUCCCUCCUCCCCUUCUACCAUGUCCUUUCACCCAGAUUCAGUACCUACAUGGAGCUCUAUUUCCCCAAAUGUCUCACAGAUAGCUGCUGCCACUCACUUUAAUACAUACCUCCUUUUCCGUCUUCUCGGGAUUGCUUCCUUCUGUGUGUAGUUUCCCUUGCUUGCAUCUUACCUCUCUGAAGGGGUGUUAUUCAUUUCAUGCAUGGAGCUUUUCAGUGUGAGAAAGUAAAAACUAAAAGGGAAGUUACCACAUUCAACAUCUAACAAGCUAAAGCCUGUGAGGCUGCCCGAGUAGUGUUUCCACACAGGUGUGUUGCAUGUAAGAGAUCUACCUGUUGAUGCAUACGCUCAGAAGCUAAGUUAACAUUGGAUUAUGAAUCCCAAUGGCACAUAAUAUGAUUGCUAUCCCAACUUCAUCUAUUGCCUGUAUUGAUUAGUUUGUGACAUAGGAGAACAAUGGCCAGUAUUUUUACUCAUGAAUAAUAUUUUCGAUUUCUGUCUUUUUUUCUAUAUCACCUUCUUACUUUCAGGUUUAGUUAUGGGGAUGGGGUUUUGUUUUCUUUUGUUUUUCACAGGCUGAUAGAUGAUUUGAAAGGAACUAAAUAUCUUUUCAAAUGGAAAAAAGAAAAAAAAAGGAAGAAAAAAUUUAGUGAUUUUUCAAGAGGAUCAGCAGUGAGGGCUUUGUCCCUUCUCUGUUGGUAUACUACUCCAUCCUGUCAGUCUUACUUGAGUAGCAGUACUUAAAAUAAGGCAGAAGAUAUUACAAGAUGAUGAAGUGUUCUGUGGCACCCAAGUUACAUGUGAUAAAACAUAAAAUUUAACUUCAGAAUAUAUGGACAUUACAGAGGAUGGCAUGAGAUAAAAGCCUUAUCUUAUUUUGUGUGAUUGAUCUGGAACUGCAGUUAAGGGUAAAAAAAGACAGUUGGAUGACACCAUUAAAAUGUUUUCUUCAGCUGCUAAAUUUCUGCUGAAAACUAUAUUCUAGGAUAUUUACUUGCCCUACAAAACCUUUGCUUGUGAAGGGCAGGGCUAUUCAGACAUGGUUUUGCACAAACGGAACAUGCUUGGAAGUUAUUCUCCUUAGAGCUGGCAGCUAGAGAACAAGUAAAUUUGUUCAAAAAUCAUUUGGACUUCUAGAUGUAUUUGGAUAGAGCCAGUAUCUGUUCAAAGAAUGCCUUCCCUCCAUGAAUCGCCUUCUGUUCUCCUUUUCCAGUAGUUCCCUCUUCUCCCUAUGUAUAUAAUCUCUCUCCUGUAUCACCAGGAUACCCACCUGCUCAGUGUUAUCUCUCCCAUUAGUUUCAGCUGGGAAAGCUGAAACUAUUGAACUUCCAGCCAGGCAGUUGCACCACCAUAGCUUAUAGCUUCUUCUAAGCCAGCACCAUGGCUGCAGUUCAGCGUUACAGUAAAAAACCAUGCCUCAGACACACAGCCAGCUUUGCUACCCUUGGCUGUAGUGGUUGCUUCUGGAGGGGAGGUGAGGCAAGGGGGAUGGCAACAGCUUCGGUAACCAUGGCUAAAUCCUCCCCCAACUGUGAAUCAGAACCAGAUCAAUGGGUGUAAUGUCCUGUCAUCUAGAGCUGAACAGAUCCCUGGGAGAGCCAGUGUAGUGAACAGCAUUUGGGAAUGUGUACAAACUAUAGGUCAUUUAUCUUUUUAUACUCUUUACUGCCUGCUUAUGAAGAUUAAUAAAAUUAAGUUGUGAAAAGCUAA